AUGGCUACGGUAGACCUUGGUCGAUACCGUCGCAUCGUUCAGAUGUUCUGGGAUCCCGAACCCACUAACGAGAACGACAUUCCAGUCUGGUGCUUGGGACGCUCCUACGUCCUAAACACCAAGACGGCGAAAGACACUCGCAGUGACCAAGGCCAGACUCCACCUCGGAUCGAUAACACUGAAAGAACAGCAGAACAAGACCUUGCCCAAGCCACAGCCUCGGCCUCGGUGCCGACACCAACGUACCCCAAAGGGCCUGAUACCCCUCCAGAAUCUGUUUCUAGCAGCUUUUCGUCUUCACUCGCUUACGAUGAGGACUACUUUGCUCAGGAUGGAGGAUGGCCGCCCGCCUUUCUGGACGAUUUCGAAUCCAAAUUCUGGAUGACAUAUCGUUCCGAAUUCCAGGCUAUCGCAAAAUCCACUGACCCCCGAGCUUCCUCGACUCUGUCCUUCUCGAUGCGCAUUAAGAGCCAGCUGGUCGACCAAAAUGGGUUCACAUCCGACAGCGGCUGGGGAUGCAUGAUACGAUCGGGUCAAAGCCUCUUAGCGAAUGCGAUGGCAGCUAUCAAUCUAGGACGCGACUGGCGAAGGGGUCAAAACCCCGAGGACGAGCGCAAGCUUCUUUCUUGGGCUUUGGCCAACGCUCAAGAACAACAACCUCUUCGAGUAUAUUCUACUGGGGACGGUCCUGACGUUUACGAAGACAAGUUCAUGGAAAUUGCCAAGCCCGACGGCUCACGGUUCAAUCCGACCCUCAUUUUAGUUGGUACCAGGCUAGGCAUCGACAAAAUCACCCCGGUCUACUGGGAGGCUCUGAUAGCUGCCCUUCAAAUGCCACAGUCUGUGGGUAUCGCAGGUGGCCGACCUGCGUCUUCCCAUUAUUUCAUCGGCGCGCAAGGCUCCUACCUGUUUUAUCUCGAUCCACAUCAUACCAGACCCGCGCUUCCUUUUCACACAGACCCUUCUCACUACAGCGAAGCGGAUGUUGACACAGUGCAUACUCGACGCCUGCGGCGACUUCAUGUGCGGGAACUUGAUCCUAGCAUGCUUGUUGGCUUUCUAAUUCGGGAUGAGGACGACUGGGCUGAGUGGAGGCGGAAUGUGAAGCAUGUUCAGGGCAAAGCCGUGAUCCAUGUUGCCGACCGUGAUCCCGUGCCGAGAGGAGGCGAGGACGAAAGAGAUGGCGCUAUUGACGAAGUGGAGAUACUCAGCGAUGAUGACGGCGAUACCGUCUUGAAUGCCUAG